UGUCUUUUCAUACCAAAAAAAAACUAAUAUUGCAUGCAGAAGAAGUAUGUAUGGAGCUGCCACCUAUCUCUCUUUGCAUGUCAAUCCCUAAUGCUAUUCAGCCACGCACUUCCUUGCCCAUCACUCACACCAUCCUCGUCACUCUAAGAAAAUAAUAUGUUUUAUCAAAUAUAUUCAUUUCAUUUUGUUUUUUGUUUACUAUAUAAUCAUCCCUUUGUUCACAUCUUUUUUUCAUGUCCCCCAAUAUUCUCUAAUUCACUUUAUAAACAUUUCUCCAUUUUCAAAUCAUGGAAGGCCUUUGUGCUGAAUUGCACCACCAUAAAUUUCAUCCUUCGCAUCAACUCUACAAGAAAUCUCUUCGUGACAUUGAUAUUCCACCGAGAAAAUUACUAAGCCGUCGUGCUACUCUUUCAUCAAUCGACCAUGUUGUUUCUGAUGUCCAGUUUAUGGACUCGCCAAAGUCUGAAUCAGACGCUCAAUUUCAGAAGUUUUUACCGUACAACAGUUUAGACGAUGAUGACGAUGCUGAUCCGUAUUCAUCUGAUCAUUUUCGUAUGUAUGAGUUUAAAGUAAGGCGGUGUACUCGUAGCCGGAGCCACGAUUGGACGGAUUGUCCUUUUGCUCAUCCGGGAGAGAAGGCGAGACGGAGGGAUCCGAGGAGGUUUCAUUAUUCCGGUACGGUCUGUUCUGAAUUUCGAAAAGGAAAUUGUAGCAGGGGUGAUAAUUGUGAGUUUGCACACGGGGUGUUUGAGUGUUGGCUUCAUCCAACUCGUUAUAGAACUGAAGCAUGCAAAGAUGGGAAAAACUGUAAACGGAAGAUUUGUUUCUUUGCACAUACGCCGAGGCAGCUUCGUGUACUUCCACCUGGUUGUUACGAAAGUGGCUCAUCACCUAAGAAUUUGAAUUCAGAGAAAAAAUACAGAAAUCUGAACCAUUGUUGUGUUUUUUGCCAUUCUGUUUCUGCUUCCCCGACUUCUACUUUAAUCGGUAUGUCACAUAUCUCUCCCCCUAUGUCCCCAUCCCUCUCACCGCCUCUUUCCCCUGCAAAUAGAAACCAGUUUUCUUCUCCCAUCUCGCGUUACAGUGAGCGUUUUGGUAGUGUUGAGGCGUCGUCCUCUGGAAUGUGUCAGCUGGAUCCAUCUGGGCUGAUGAGUUACAAAGAUGCACUUACUGAAUUGGUUAGCUCAUUGGAAGCUAUGAAUGUGAAUCAUGAACCCAAUUCUUCAGCAGCAGCUUCUACUCACUCUCAUUCUGUUAAUUUUGAUGGGAAUUUACCAUGGCUUGAUGUGAAUUUCAACAACAGUAGUUACGAUGAUCAGCAGCAGUUCCUUCUUUCGCCUUCGACUCCAUCUCCAAGUCCAAUUUCUAACUCCAGAACCAAAUUUUACGCAAGGGAAUUUCCAUCUGCUAGCCCUGUUUCGAGCUCGAGGUUGAGCUUUGUAGAAGAACUGAACAAUAACAAUGGUACGAACAGAUUUUACAGUGACAAUGGAUUAAGUGGAGGACCAGAUCUGGGAUGGGUCAAUGACCUACUGACUUGAAAAGGGAAAAAAAAAGUUAUGGAGAGCUCAUGGGCCAUUGAUGGAGCUCGCUUUUUUGUGGUCCUACAAAUUAAACAAUUGUUGAUGAUGACGACAGAGGAAGAAAUUAUUGAGAGAUUCGAGUAAGGAUGAUUUUUGUAUAUACAAGUUUUUAAGUGUAUUGUUUUAAUUUACUAGCUGCUGCUACUGCACCAUCCAUAUAUAAUCAACAAGAACAAAAGAGUGUAUAUAUGAGAUGGAAGAGAUGGAGGAUGACGACGAAGAUGAAGAUGUGUUACUGUUAUUAUUUUUACUAAUUCUGGAAAAGCUUAUUAGAUUUUUCUGUUGCCUUAAUUUUUAAUGAAUGUAAGAUUUCUGGGUCGGGUCUGUUGAUUAUAAAGCUGUAAUUUGCAAUUUCAAUUUCCGUUUUGUUCGUGUGAGUUGAUUAUGAUGUUGUAUUAAUGUUUAAAUUGAACUAAUAUAAUAUGUUGAAUUACAUCUU